GAACAAGAUGUCAAUAUUUUCAAUGAAUCGCGUUAAUAAUAGACCAAAUCGAAGCAUGAAGAAUCUUCAACUCUGGAAUGCUGUCGUCGUCGUCGUCCAGUCAUAAAUUCAUACAUCUCAAUUGUCUUGCUUACUAAGGACUGUACCAACACACACACACACACACACACUCUCUCUCUCUCUCUCUCUCUCUCUCUCUCUCACACACACACACAAACUCACCCAUAUGCCAUCCAUCACUCUCUCCCUGAUCAAGAAGCUUCUUACCUCAACACCCGUUUCCCACCGAAACAUCUAAACACACAUUUACCCUGUCACCUGUAAAGCACAACAUCCAGAACGGAACUUCUUCCUGCAACCACAAGCCAAUGCAAAGCCUCCAAACUUAAAACGUCAAAUGAGAAGAGCACAACACGGUUGAAUAUUGCUGGUUCCUAUCGCUCCAUUUCCCGGGCAAAAACUGAUAAUUGAUACCUGUCAAAAUUCAUAUAUUUCGGGAGAAAAGGGACUCAAUUUCGUCAUUUAUACCUGCUCGUUCCCAGAAGUUUACAACAUUUACCACAUUCGCGACAUUUUUAUCCUCCCUUACAUACCCAAACCCCAGGGAAAAUCUUCCAUGAUAUCGACGAGGCUGAGCAAUCCACAAUUGUCAGCAACCUCCUCAUUUCACCCCUUUGAACGACAUUGGUCUGGUUAUCGAUUUGCCAACUACCUACCUCGAAACGUAGCGCCAAAUCCAAAAAAAAUCCAUUCCGGCCAUUGCUCCAUCACUUCUUCCCCAUUUAAAUACUUCGACUACGUUAUCGCCCUUCCCCCAUCACGAUGAAGGGUCGGCCCACGAGGAUGCCUCUCAUCAACUCCGGGUUUCCAUCUCGUGCGACGCCUGACAUAGGUGAUGAUUCGCAUUCAUCUACAAGUAAUUCCCCCGCGCGUGCCGAUUACGAAGAAUCCGAUUUCUUCGCUGGAAACAACGAUUCGCAAUCUUCAAUCGGCGUGCCAACUUUUCAAGACAUGGCCGUUACAGAAACAUGCAUAUCGGCUUCCAAUAGACUGCCCGCAGAAGUUCUCAUCAACAUCUUCUCGAAACUCACCCAUCCAAACGAUAUUUUAUCUUGCAUGCGCGUAUGCAAGAAAUGGGCUAGGAACAGUGUGGAUUUAUUAUGGCAUCGGCCGGCAUGUUCGACAUUUCCGAAACUCGGGCACAUCUGCAAUACCCUCACCUUGGAAAAUCCCUACUUCGCAUAUCGAGAUUUCAUCAAAAGAUUAAAUUUGGCAGUUUUGGCAGACCGCGUCAGUGACGGAACUGUCCGACCUCUUUCCGUAUGCACAAAGGUGGAAAGAUUGACAUUGACCAACUGCGAGGGUAUCUCAGAUAGUGGAUUGACUGAAUUAAUUACCGAUAACAGUCACUUGCUUGCUCUUGACAUUUCUGGAGUGAAACAGAUUACCGACACGUCCAUGUUCACUUUGGCGGAGCAUUGUCGUCGAUUACAAGGCUUAAACAUAUCGCAGUGCAUUGGAAUCACUUCUGAAUCUAUGGUGAAAGUCGCGGAGAGUUGUCACCACCUCAAACGGCUCAAGUUGAAUGAAUGUGAGCAGCUAGACGACAGGGCUAUCAUGGCAUUUGCUCAAAAUUGCCGUAACAUCCUCGAAAUCGAUCUCCACCAAUGUAAAAAUAUUGGAAACGACCCAGUAACUAAUCUCAUCACGCAUGGAAACGCUCUCCGGGAACUUCGAUUGGCAAAUUGUGAAUUGAUUACCGAUUCGGCGUUCCUUAACUUACCUCACAAAGCGACGUACGAUCAUUUGCGGAUAUUGGAUCUUACAAGUUGUCAUCGACUCACAGAUGCUGCCGUUGAGAAGAUUAUAGCUGUUGCCCCAAGGUUAAGGAAUUUGGUCUUCGCAAAAUGCAGACUCUUGACGGACCAUGCCGUUCAUUCCAUUAGCAGACUGGGAAAAAAUCUUCAUUACCUUCACCUUGGACAUUGUGGACAAAUUACUGAUGCUGCUGUCAUUAAACUUGUUCAAGCAUGCAACCGCAUUCGUUAUAUUGACCUGGGUUGUUGUGUUCACCUCACAGAUGCAUCCGUUACAAAGCUAGCUACCCUUCCUAAGCUAAGGCGUAUUGGUUUAGUCAAGUGUGUAAACAUUACCGAUGAAAGUGUUAUAGCAUUAGCCGUCGCACAAAAACAACGGCAGUUAGCUCACCGAGGACAUCAUAUUGAUGAACAAGCCUAUAAUGGAAGUUGUCUCGAAAGAGUACAUCUCAGCUACUGUGCUAAUUUGACACUUCAAAGUAUUAUAUUACUACUUAGGAAUUGUUCGAAAUUAACACAUCUGAGUUUGACUGGCGUUCACGCCUUUCUUCGAAAUGAUCUCGAACAAUUUUGUAGAGAGGCUCCCGCAGAAUUUACUGAACAUCAACGCAAUGUCUUUUGUGUCUUUUCCGGGCCUGGUGUGAAUGGUCUACGCAAUUUCUUAACUCGAGAUUUGAGUAUGGAGUUAAGUCAGGUAGCUCCUGAGGAUGAAGGAGUUCUUUCUAUUGAAGAGGUUACGAAUUCACAACAGGCUCUAGGGGCUCAAGAUGACCAGAUAAUGUCUGGAAUGAUGAAUGCUACUGCAUUAAAUCCUGAUGAAAAUGACGGUGAUGAGGACGAAGUAUUGGAUGCAGUAUUUCCUUAGUACGCAUUCGAUUCACCACGUAACCCAGUAUCUUAUAGCACUUCAUAAGCUAUCACUUUAAGGAUAUUAGGCAUACGGUACACUCUAAAUAGAGAUCCUGGAACGUACAUCGAUAUAUCCAAUCAUUGGGAAAUGGAGUUAAGGAGUGGGCAAGGAAUUAUUAAUGGACGUACAUACCCCAUCCAUUACGGAUCGUCUUUCGCAUAUCAGUCGGUUUUUGGAACGGAAUGAAUGAAUGAAUGAAUACAUGGAGGUUGUCUUAACGGUACAUAGAUCUCUUUUCAAUAAGCGAGGGGGCGAUGGGACUGUAAAGGCGUAGUAUUUGUAUAUUCGCAUUUCUUGGCGCUUUGGGUGAGGAUGAAUCGUGAAUUUGGUGGAAGGUUCUUUUUUUUUUUUUUUUUUUUUUGCUAAGGUGGGUGCAAUUUGGAAUGAUUGGUUGGAUGGAUGGGAUGGAAUGGAAUGGACUUUAUAUGAGGGUAUGGGUGGAGGCACAGUUCUAUUACAUCGAUCAAUCAAUCAAUCGCUUCUUGAGUGAUUAACCUCGAGAUUCGCUAGCAUUGUGGAUUGUAUUGAUUAAGUGGGAUAUUUGUGUUUGGAUGAAAGACGUACUGAUCCGAUACGCGGUGUAAGAUUCUCUCGCCGUUCAAUUAAUGGAUGUUUAGAUUUUAUCUGAAUGGAUAAUUGCGAUGGUUAGAGUGGGAUUCCAGACCUAAUGCGGGGGAUUGAUGGAUGGUAUUGAGUGGAUGGAUAGUAAUACUGUAGAAGCAGAAUAUUAUAUGAUGCGAUUCCGUACAAUUCAUUUCAUUUCA